AUGAACAGGACGGAGCCAGAUUCGGCGUCUCUGUCUUCUCUCGUCGGUAGAGCGAAUUCCGACGGAAUCAUCGACACAACGCCGUUUCUUCCUUCCGGCAUUUCGAGAACUGCGAGCGUCGGUGAAAACAAUGGGAUUCAGCGAUCCGCUAGACGACAAGGUCUUAGAGAGGCGGCGAGGUUUCUGCGUCACGCCGGGAGCCGGAGGAUGAUGCGUGAGCCGUCGAUGCUGGUGAGAGAAACCGCUGCUGAGCAAUUGGAGGAGAGGCAAAGCGAUUGGGCGUAUUCGAAGCCUGUGGUGUUCCUCGACAUUCUGUGGAAUCUGGCUUUUGUGGCGAUCGCUGCUGCGGUUCUAAUUCUCAGCCGCGAAGAGCGGCCGAAUGUGCCGUUAAGAGUUUGGGUGGUAGGUUACGGUAUCCAAUGCGGCUUACAUAUGGCGUGCGUGUGCGUUGAGUAUAGGCGGAGGAGGUGGCGGCGUGGGAGAGGCACGCGCCACCGAUCAUCAUCAGCUUCUUCUUCUUCGUCGGAUGAUGGUGGUCUGGGGUUUACGACUUCGUCGCAGCAGUACGUUUCGUUAGCGCAAUUGGAGGAUAGAGGAAAUACUAGUAAUCCCGCGAAGCAUCUUGAAUCAGCCAACACAAUGUUCUCAUUCGUCUGGUGGAUAAUCGGAUUCUACUGGAUAUCUGCGGGAGGCCAAACACUAUCUAGUGACUCUCCUCAGCUCUAUUGGCUGUGUAUCAUUUUUCUCGGCUUCGAUGUUUUCUUUGUGGUUUUCUGCGUUGCACUGGCUUGUGUUAUCGGCCUUGCUGUUUGCUGCUGUCUUCCAUGUAUAAUUGCAAUCUUAUAUGCUGUUGCCGACGAGGAGGGAGCAUCGAAAAAGGACAUAGAACAAAUGCCAAAAUUCAGAUAUAGAAAGAUUGGCAACGAUGAGAAGCUCCCAGACGAAAUACGAGGAGCAAGUAAUAGAGGAAUAAUGACGGAGUGUGGAACAGAUUCACCUAUUGAACGUUCACUUUCUCCAGAAGAUGCGGAAUGCUGCAUUUGUCUCUGUGAAUAUGAAGAUGGAGUUGAACUAAGAGAACUCCCUUGUAACCACCAUUUUCACUGCGCUUGCAUCGACAAAUGGCUUCACAUAAACUCUCGUUGCCCGCUCUGCAAGUUUAACAUCUUGAAGAACGCAAACGAAGUAUAG